GGCAUUCUCGAGACACUUUUUCGAGACAGACUUCGUGUAGAACAGUUGUGCGAGUGCUGUAAGCGAGAGAUAUUUUUAAGUUGAAAGUUAAGAAACCAAGACAGAAACAAAAUGAGGGAAAUCGUUCACAUCCAGGCUGGUCAGUGCGGCAACCAGAUCGGAGCCAAGUUCUGGGAAAUCAUCUCCGAUGAGCACGGCAUCGAUGCCACCGGCGCCUACCACGGUGACAGCGACCUGCAGCUGGAGCGCAUCAAUGUGUACUACAAUGAGGCCUCCGGUGGCAAGUAUGUGCCCCGCGCCGUUCUGGUCGAUCUGGAGCCCGGCACCAUGGACUCGGUGCGAUCGGGUCCAUUCGGACAGAUCUUCAGGCCCGACAACUUUGUCUUUGGACAGUCGGGAGCUGGUAACAACUGGGCCAAGGGCCACUACACAGAAGGCGCUGAGCUGGUGGACUCCGUGCUCGAUGUUGUACGCAAGGAGGCUGAAUCCUGCGAUUGCCUGCAAGGCUUCCAGCUCACACACUCGCUUGGCGGCGGUACCGGCUCCGGUAUGGGUACACUGCUGAUUUCCAAGAUCCGUGAGGAAUACCCCGACAGGAUCAUGAACACAUACUCGGUGGUGCCGUCGCCCAAGGUGUCGGACACCGUGGUGGAGCCCUACAACGCCACGUUGUCGGUGCACCAGCUGGUGGAGAACACUGACGAGACCUACUGCAUCGACAACGAGGCUCUCUACGAUAUCUGCUUCCGCACCCUCAAGCUGACGACACCCACAUACGGUGACCUGAACCAUCUCGUCUCCCUAACCAUGUCCGGCGUCACCACCUGCCUUCGUUUCCCCGGCCAACUGAACGCUGAUCUCCGCAAGCUCGCCGUCAACAUGGUACCAUUCCCCCGUCUCCACUUCUUCAUGCCCGGAUUCGCGCCACUCACCUCCCGUGGAUCCCAGCAGUACCGCGCCCUCACCGUUCCCGAGCUCACCCAGCAGAUGUUCGAUGCCAAGAACAUGAUGGCUGCCUGCGAUCCCCGUCACGGUCGCUACCUGACCGUCGCCGCCAUCUUCCGUGGCCGUAUGUCCAUGAAGGAGGUCGACGAGCAGAUGCUGAACAUCCAGAACAAGAACAGCUCAUACUUCGUUGAAUGGAUCCCCAACAACGUGAAGACUGCCGUGUGCGAUAUCCCGCCCCGUGGCCUCAAGAUGUCUGCCACCUUCAUUGGCAACUCCACUGCCAUCCAGGAGCUCUUCAAGCGCAUCUCUGAGCAGUUCACCGCUAUGUUCCGUCGCAAGGCUUUCUUGCAUUGGUACACCGGCGAGGGCAUGGACGAGAUGGAGUUCACUGAGGCUGAGAGCAACAUGAACGAUCUGGUGUCUGAAUACCAGCAGUACCAGGAGGCCACCGCCGACGAGGAUGCCGAAUUCGAGGAGGAACAAGAGGCUGAGGUCGACGAGAACUAAAAUUUCCAACCCUCCCUGCUGCCUGCCCCCCUAAUUCGAAUUUCCGAUUCUCGAUUCAAUGUUUUGCGAGAAAAAAUGAGAAAACGAGAACAAGAAUUCACUUGUAAUUUGUUUGUUCUUUUAACAACGUAAUCAAUAAAGUCGGAUCCAAUUUUGUUCACAAGCCUAAA